GUCACAGGUUACCUGAUCACGUCAACCACCGUUAUCUCCAUUCAACGGACACAGUGGUCGACAUGGUGCACCAUGAGCACACAUCCAACUCCAAAUGCCUCGUCGCCCUCACAAUAGCCGGGAGUGAUUCGAGCGGAGGAGCUGGCAUACAAGCUGAUCUCAAGACGUUUGCUGCUCACGGAUGUUAUGGGACGAGUGUGCUGACCGCGCUUACUGCACAAAAUACGAUGGGGGUUCAGGGAGUACAUGGCGUUCCCCCAGAGUUUGUGGAACAGCAGAUCCGGUCAGUAAUGGAUGACACCGAAGUUUCGGCGAUCAAGACUGGCAUGCUUUUCGAUACCAAAAACACUCUCGCAGUCGCGAAGACUCUUGAGAGUAUCUUCAGUAGCCACGGCCAUGUUCCUCUGGUCGUCGACCCCGUCUGCGUCUCAACAUCCGGACAUAUACUCCUUGAAACUGAUGCCAUCGAGACCCUGAUCAAUGAACUCUUCCCCUUAGCUUGCAUCAUCACGCCGAACCUCUCCGAGGCGGGUGUCCUCUUAUCGCGAAGAGGGUUUUCGUCCAAGGUUGAAAAGCUCGGCGAGAUGGUGCAGGGCGCCAAAGACUUGCUCGAACUCGGAUCUCAGGCAGUCUUGUUGAAAGGAGGUCACGUAACUGUUCGCCUGUCUGAUCUCGAAACGGCGAGGGCGGAAGACCCGUCUAUAGCCGUUAUCAGCGACGAUUCCUUCUCCGACGACGUCGAGAUCCUUAGAGUCUCCGAGAGGGAUCCGAAUGGGGUGGACUUCGUGGUUGACGUGCUUUGUCAGAUCGACGGCGGCGUCACACUCUUUCCUCGACCUCGGCUUGAUUCGACGAGCACUCAUGGAACAGGAUGCACUCUCAGUGCUGCCAUAGCGUGUGAGCUUGCCAGGGGACGGCAACUUUUGGACGCAGUUAGGUACGCUACAGCGUAUACGCAUCUUGGGAUAGAAACUGCUCCGCCGAUCGGAAAGGGGCAUGGGCCCCUGAACCAUGCCCAUCCGGUCUUGCUUCGCCCGUUAUCGAUACGAACGGCGGGUAAUCCUCACCCGCUUACCCGACUGUGCAUCCAGAGUACCGCUGUGCUCUGGAAGCAGUAUGUUCAGCAUGACUUUGUCAGACUUCUCGGGAAGGGAACAUUGCCCCGAGAGUCAUUCCUGCAUUUCAUUAAACAAGACUACCUCUAUCUAAAGUACUAUGCAAGAGCUUACGCUAUGCUCGCAGCCAAAUCACACGACUUUGCCCUCAUCAAGUCAUCUUCCGAUGUCCUGCUUAGUAUCAUCACUGAGAGUAGUAUGCACGCCUCCUUCUGCAAGCAAUGGGGUGUCUCGGAUGAGGAACUGCGCACAGCACCAGAGUCUCCUGCGACAACGGCAUAUGGCGCCUCCCUUAUCGACACCGGACUGCGAGGAGAUACGAUGGCGCUCACCAUGUCCCUGGCGGCGUGCCUCCUGGGUUACGGCGAGGUGGGGCUUUGGCUCAAGCGCGAGGCGUCGAAACCGGGUUCCUGGGUAAAUUGGGAGAGUAAUCCAUACUUGCGAUGGAUGGAAGAUUACUCGGGCAAGGAAUAUCAAGAUGCGGUUAGGAUUGGUAUCGAGUCGAUCGAGAGCCGGGCUGCUGCCGAUCCGCCCUCGGAAGUUAGGCUGGAGGAGUGGAAGAGCGUUUGGGAGAGAUGCGUCCGGCUGGAAAAGGGCUUCUGGGACAUGGCAAUGACGCUUUCAUGAGCUGUCAAGGACUGAAGGAAGUCCGACGGUCCGAAGAUAAACUUCGACUCCCACGUGGUCCACGAGAUACCGAGGGUCGAAGGCUUUGAUUCUGAAUGGCAGCUGACAGUUUGGCAGUUCAGACGUGAGAAAUCCAAUUGGAUGCAUCGCUCGGAAGCCCCGACAGAGCUCUCAGACAGGCGCCUUUAAGUUUCUCCGUUUUCCAUUUUCAUGGUUCCUUGAUAUUCCCACUUUUCUCGGUUCAACGCGUUCUAAGCUGACGUGACGCAACCCACAGACAAUACCAGCGUAUACCAGCCAUCGAAGUCGCGAAUGGCGAUAUUGGAGUCGUGACAGAGGGCGGAAAUAAGUUCUUCGGGAAAUCGUUCAAAAAUAGGUCACCCGCCGUACCAUAUGGAUGCGGGACACCUGAGACACUUCCCCGCAAACCGCUUGCCGACGCGUAUGAGCGGAUCGACGAUCGCAGAUCAUCAAGCUUUUCGCUGCUAUUCGGUGCUUCUAGCCUCCCUCCUCUGCCCACACUCUGCCCCAUGGACUUAAGGACUACUUAAGUCGCUAUAUGUGCUUUUGCGAUAAUGUCCCCUAACAAUUCGCUCACCCCUCCAGGGCGCAGGAUGGCUCGAGUGAAGCUUGCAAGUAGUCAAAGCUAGGUUUCGUCGACUGAAGGAUGCGCGAUUGAAGCGGUCUGCGUUCCGGCCGGGAAUUUUUUUUGAGAAGAGAAAGGAUAGAGGAAGGACCUGAAACCGCACAUUCGAGCGAAUCAGCUUCCUGAUUAGGAAGGGAACUUUGAUGGGUGAUGCGUUGGCGCCAAAUUUGAUGGCUAGCGACCACCCCAAUGCGACCGCGAGCUUGGCCGAAGUCGCCAGCGUGGUCCUUUCCCGCCCCCUGACCUCCGCUGACGCACGCACCGACACGCACCGAUGCGAUUCUAUCAAAAGACUCGCUUGGGGGUAUAAAUGCUAUGCUUGGAGCCACCGGGUCCUGUCGUCUGCUCGCCAGUCCAUAAAGACGUUGGUGCCGUCGACAAUUCCGCUCCCUUUAUUUUCCUCUCUCUACAUCCCUGUCACCCACCUUGACGAUGUUGACGCCUCAAGGAGUGAAAGUCGCGAGUCUUAUCAUGUCGUUGCUCUCCAUCACAUGUACGCUGUUCCGGCUGGGCAUCCGCACCUCACAAUCGCGAGUGGGGUUUGAUGACGCGGCGGUCGGGUUCGCGAUGGUAUUCCAGCUCCUUCAGCUGGUCUUUACGCAGAUCCGGUAUCAACCGACUGCUUACUCCAAUGCGACCAUGGUGGCGGCAUACUACAUGGCUUCCGAAGCGUUUUAUGGCGUUAUCUGGUUUACCCGGAUAUCGAUCCUGUUCACGAUCAUUCGUCUGACCGUGAAGCGGAUGGAGCGUAGGAUACUCAUGGGUAUCGCCGGAUUAUUCGGCGCGACGCUCCUCAUCCUCGUCUUCCAAGAAGUCGCGAUUUGCGAAAAGGAUGGCUCGUGGAAGCACACACCUGUCCCUCAGUGCGCUCUCGGCGAGAACGUUGCGAUUGCUCAGGUCAUCACUGAUGUAAUUGCGGACUUCAUCCUCAUCUUCGCGCCUAUACGACUUGUCUGGAAUGUCCGGCUCUCUCGCGCCCAGAAGAUCCGUCUCAUCGCUAUCUUCUGCUCGACGAGUAUCACGACCAUCGUCAGUCUUGUGCACGUCUAUUACCUGCUGCGCGUUGGAGGAGUUGAUGAGAUUAUGGCUGGCAUCACCGAGAUGUCCAUCACUCUCAUCGUCACGAACCUCAGCGUGCUCGUCGCGUUCUUCACGCGCAUCACCACGGAGAGCAGCAACCAGACCGGCAAGGUCAGCUCGCGCUCACGCACGCAGUCGCACAGCAGCCCUUCCAAGCCAAUUAUCACCUUCGGCUCCGUGCCCAUGUCACCUCGCCGCGCCAACUUCGACCCGUACGCGAGCGCGCAGCCGAUUCAGAUUGGUGUCGACGUCAACAUGGAGACGUUCGCGGAGCACGAAGUCAAGUUCGGCGACCGCGGGAGCAACGAUGAUUUCUUGCGAAAGGCGCCGUGAGACAUCCCCCUCGUCUUCAUCUUUUUUCUAUCACUACUCUCUAUCUCUCUACAACCGUCCAUCAUACCUGACCCUUCAGACCUGCCGCUCCUUUCGUUACAUAGUACUGUAGUAGCUCUCCUCACUGAUACCCCACGACCCACGAGCGGAUAUUUAUCCCAUACCUACACGGACGCUCAAUGCUAGGCGUUGUCCCAUUAUUAAUGUACUCUCUCUUACUCGGUGUACAACCUUGUCGGUGUACAACCCCAUCGUUUAAAAGUACGAUUACUAUGUACCAAGACCGAUUAUUAUGCGUAAGACUGCCAGUAUCUCAGGGCGCAUGUCUAGCUGACUGAUAUGUGUGUAUAUGUACAAUGCAUAAUCAUAC